AUGGAGAGUGGCAACAGCAAAGCGGCGUCGAGCGAGGAGGAGGCGGCCGUGAGAUCCCACAGUCCGGCGGUGGCUGCAGCUCGCGCCCGGCCGUACUACGGGUGCGUGUUCUGCAAGCGUGGGUUCACCACGGCGCAGGCGCUGGGCGGGCACAUGAACGUCCACCGCCGCGACCGCGCCAAGCCCGUCCGCCUCACGACAGAGUGCAACUUGGCGUAUCCCCCAGCGCCGCUGGUGAGCAGCGCCGGCUUCUCCAUGUUGUACUACGCCAGGCACACCGGCGCCGGAGUGAAAGCGGAGGCCGUGGCCGUGAGCCCUGGUAGCCCUAUCCCGAGGGAGCUGAGCCUGUUCGGUGCAGACGACGGCACUGAUGAUCGUGACCUGCAACUGAGCCUUCGGUGCCAUGGGAAUGGCGGCGGCGACCGGUCGCGCGCGCUGGAAGGGCCGUCAGAGUGGUGGCAGGACGGUGAGCUGCCGGAGAGGAAGCUGGACUUGGAGCUCAGGCUAGGGCCUCGUCCCAGGAACUGAUCACUCGCACGGUACCGCUAGUGCA